AUGGCGGGCACCUUGAAGAAGGGGCCUUGGUCACAAGAUGAAGAUGCCCGGCUCGAGAGGCUCGUUGAAGAACACGGGCUCUCCUGGGUAACUGUGUCCCAGGCGAUGGGGACCCGAAGUGCCGACCAGUUAAACCACCAGCCAUGGCAAGAUCAUGAGAAUGGAAAGUUGCUGCGAGCACUAGCAACGCAUGGCAGCAGCUGGAAGGAAAUACAAGAGAAGCAUUUCCCGACCCGGUCUGCAAACAACGUAAAGAAUCAGUAUACCAUCUUGAUGCGUCGCGGAACCACGCUGUCAGAAGAUGUUCCUCCGUGUUGUCCAGGUCGCAGCAAAAAGACAGGUGCUUCUUCUUCUCGAGCCUUGUCUCCAGACACCAUACCGCCGCCAGAUGCGCCGUCAUCGAAACCACCAAGUCCCCGGUUGAUUCAGCCACAAUCGGACAAGGCAUCAGCAUGGGACAGCAUGAGCGACAACAGCUAUCAUGCGUCGAGAAACAGCGUCAUGGAGGUAGACGCCAUUUGUCCGACUUUCUCGGAGGAGCGCGACCACAUCUACCCCUUUUUAUCACCAAUGCCCUCUGUCAAUGAAGGGUUUAACACCGACUUCAACAACCUCUUUAGCUUCCAGAAUUUUAGCGACCAAAGCACUGUCCAGAGCAGCGACUGCCCGGACAUGUGCACACCGGUCUCGGCCGCGUGCUCCGGCUCAGGGGUUGGCGUGAUGGGUGACAACGACUCGGUCGGGAGAUGCUGUGCGAGCAAUGACGUUUCUGCCGGCAGCACUUUAUCGUGGCCACUGGAUCAUCUCCCGGUGUCCGAAAUGGAUAUGGAUAUGGGUGGGACAGGAAUGGGGAAAGCUGGAAACGGCGCUGUGCUGUCGGCGGCGACACGGCCAUUGACUGCUGUGGAUAGCUCAUGCUCAAAAGCCAGCAUGCAAGCUGCAACACGACUGUCGGCGUCUGGAAGUGGCGAUGCGAGUCCGAGGUCACGCAUGACCAUUGUGGUGGACGAGGCCAAGCCCGAGACGCUGGUAGAGGUGAUGAAGGUGCUCAUGGAGUCUCAGGCGCGGGUGGAGUUCUGGCGUCAGUGA